AUGAAAUUAAAUCACGAGACUGUUACAAUUGAGCUUAAAAAUGGCACGCAAGUCCAUGGUACUAUCGCCUGUGUUGAUGUUUCGAUGAAUACACAUUUGCGUUCGGUCAAACUUACCAUGAAGAACGAGGAAAGUAUCAAUAUGGAUACUCUUACCGUCCGUGGCAAUAAUAUUCGCUACUUUAUUCUACCAGAUACUCUUCCUUUGGACACGCUUCUAAUCGACGAGGGUCCAACUAAGCGCAAACCACGAAAGGAGAACAUUCUUUCCUCAACUCGCGGUCGUGGUCGUGGGAUGAUUCGCGGAAGGGGCAGAGGGGGUCCACGUGGACGCGGUCGUGGAGCUCCGAUUCGGAGAUAA